UUAAUUGGGUGUUCUUCUUUUCUCCAAUUUGAAAAUCUCUGCAUUUCUAUGAAGCAUUUGUGUAGAUAACACAGAAUCUAAUCUGUCAAAAAAAGGUAGAAUGGCAGAUUAUUUUGCAAAUGUGUUUCUGGAAAUCCUUCGUGAAUUGCUGGUUGAAGAAACCAACUUUCUGCUUAGUGUGGGAGGUGACGUCGACAAAGUCGAAAGCGAUUUGAGAAGCAUUCACGCCUUGCUGAUGAAAGCCGACAGAGACAAACGCGAUUCUCCAACUCUAAAGCUUUACAUUUCCCAGCUCAAAGAUCUCGCUUUCAAAGCCGAGAAUCUCCUCGAAACGUAUGCCGUUGAAGUCCAAUCCAGAAGGGAAGGGUGGAAGAGUCUCAAGGAAAAACUCCAAAGGUACAUUUGCAUCAUCUGCGAGUGCUACAGCGUCCACCAGGCCGGGAACGAGGCUCGCGUCAUAAUAUCCGCCUUAUCCGACCUCACUAGCAAGUUAGAGUCGGAGCUGGGACAAGAAUGCUCGUCUCUCAUGAAGCAGGACGAUGAGCGGAAUCGUCUGCUGAGACAGACGUACGCGCAUGAGGUUGAGCCUCAUUUCGUGGGCAUGGAGAGAGACAUCGAGCUUUUGGUCUCCAAGGUGAAGGAUGUGAAACGGCCCCGGGUAGUGAAGAUAUAUGGGAUGGGUGGUCUCGGAAAAACCACCCUCGCGAGGAAGGUGUACAACCACAGAGACCUCCAGUCUUAUGCUCGAGUAUGGGUUUGCAUCACCCAACAGUUUGAGCAUAAGUCCGUUUUGGGCAAGAUUUUGAAACAACUUGACAGCAAGGUAGAGAUUAAAGGCAUGGAUGUUGAUGAAUUGGUGAGAAGAAUUCAUAGUUUUUUGGUGGAGAGAAAAUGUUUGAUUGUGAUAGAUGAUAUAUGGGAAGAUGUUCAUUGGGAAAUCAUUAAGAAAGCAUUGCCGGUUGAUUGUAAUGUGAUUCUCACCACUCGAUCUAGGAAUAUUGCUAAUCAACAAUCCGAACCUCACAAGGCUAAAUUUCUGACAGAAGAUGAAGGAUGGGCUUUACUUCAAAAAGUAUCAGACUUUUCUCCAGUUGAUGAAGAUUUAGAAUUAUUUGAACAUAUUGGAAGAGAAAUUGUAUCAAAGUGUGAAGGGUUGCCACUAUCUAUUUGUGUUAUUGGAGGGAUUUUGCACCAAAAAGAGCACACUUUACUAGAAUGGCAAAAGGUUAAUAUGAACAUGGAAUCAUAUCUAAGGCAUGGAGAAGGUGUUGAAGAAUAUACAAGGGUAAAACAAGUGUUGGAGUUGAGCUAUGAUGCCUUGCCUUAUUACUUGAAACCAUGCUUUCUCUAUUUAGCAUGUUUUCCCGAGGAUCACAAGAUUGAUACCGAGAGAUUGUAUUUAUUGUGGAUGGCGGAAGGCUUCAUUUCAUACCAAGAUAAAGGGCCUAACGAGACUCUCAAAGAUGUGGCUCAGAGAUAUCUAACUGAGCUCGCUAUGAGGUGUAUGGUUCAACUGCACAAGAGUCAAGUUUACAGCACUCUGCAUAAGAAUUUUGAUUCGUGCGGGCUGCAUGAUUUGAUGCAUGAUCUCUGCUCUUCGAAGGCUGAAGAAGAAAAGUUUGUGAAGCGCAUUGAUGCUUCCAGAUAUCUGUGUGGCAUUCCUUCACCGAGGCUAGCACUACCUCCAACCGUUCGCAUUUCCAUAAGCAGAUUAGCCAUAAAUUAUGACCUCGAGAAGAGUGCAUCGAGCAUAGAUGGGCUAGAGGAACUUGAUCAUCUUAGAUCCUUCAUGCUUCUCCGAAAAGGUAGUUUUCUCGGUUCACAAAUUGUCUUGAAAGAGAAUUCGAUUAACUUUGAGAAGUCGAAAUGCUUGAGGAUAUUUGUGGUAGAAGGUUGUGAGUUUGAAGGGAGGAUGUUACCGAGCAAGGUGGGUGAACUAAUUCAUUUACGAUACUUGAGUUUGAUGCUGUCUAAUGUGAGAGAGCUACCGAAAUCUAUAUGCAGCAUGAUGUACUUGCAGAUCUUAGAUUUGCGAGUGUCACCGUUGAUUGUUCUUAGAUUGCCAAAUGUGAUUUGGAAGAUGAAAAGACUAAAGCAUUUGUAUCUCACUAGGAGAAUAGAGUUGAUUGGAGAGGAGAAACUAAGACUAGACGGGCUAGAGGAGUUGGAGACGUUAGAAAGUAUUAGUAGCGAGACUACUUGCAUCGAAGAUAUCCCCAAAUUAGUCAGCCUGCAAAGUCUAUACGUUAGAGUUUAUGAUGUGUAUAGCCUGUCGAUUGUGUUGAGCAACAAAAAUAGCCAACUACGCGAGACUCAUCUCGUGGUUGAGUCAUGUGAUUUAAGUUCACAUAAAAAUAGAGAGGUAUUAAAUGAAGGGUUGAUGUCUCCUUCUUUGGUUACCAUGUGGUUCUUCAAAUGCAAUAUGAGUGGCAAUUUUCCGUACUAUAAACAAGGGAUGUGUCAAAAUUUGGUAUAUUUGGGACUUUUCGACUGCGAGGGUGUUGUAGAAGUGAUGGAGAUUGGAAAGUAUCCGAUGUUGCAAAGGCUCGAGUUGAGGAAAGUAGAGAUAAGAGGAACAUUGAUUUUCCUUUCGAAUUCAUUCCCGCAACUAAAGAAGCUUUAUCUUUCCGACUUGCAAGAUUUGAAGAAAUGGGAAGUGAAAGAAAGAGCAUUGUCGAAGCUUACUUUCUUGUCGAUCGAUUCGUGUUGCAAUUUGAAGAAGCUUCCGGAUGGCUUGAGACUCAUCUCCACUCUUCAAGAGAUAAAAAUCAGGAGCAUGCCAAGUGAAUUCAUGGAGAGAGUGAAAGAAGAAGAUUAUGCCCCAUUUGUCAAGAUUAUGAGGUAA